AUGGUGAUAAUCAUCGCUCGAUCACAAUAUGGUGAAGGGCAAGGCUUGGGGAAUGCAAAAGCUACCCUCACUUGUGAAAGAAGCGGGAGAUACAGACUGCAUAAGUCUAGAGAACGUGUAGAUGUGGAGAAAUUUACCGGUACAAAAAAAAGAUUGUGUCCUUUUCGACUUCAAGCGAUUGAGUGUUGUGGUGGUGGUUGGAGUGUCUAUGUCAUUAAUGGAAAGCACAAUCAUGAUCUUCCCGAUUUCAACGAGGGACGUGCACUUAUUGGCAUGUUAAGUAAAGAUGAGCUCAAUUUGGUAGAAGAAUUAACUAAAUCUCAUGUACCGCCUAGUCAAAUCAUGAAAGUGCUUAGUAGGGUGGAUGAAGAGACUUUGACUACAGUGAAACAUAUUUAUAAUGCCUGUCAGAAGUUGAAAACCAAGGCAAUGUGUGGUAGGUCUGUGAUGCAACAACUAAUGAAGGUGAUUGUUGAUAAUAACUAUCUACAAUGGCAUCGUGAAGAAGUGGGAACAAAUGUGGUUAGUGACAUAGUUUUUGCUCAUCAUGAUGUUGUUGAUCUAUUGUUUUUGUUUCCUUAUGCUUUAGUCAUUGAUUGUACAUAUAAGACAAACAGAUACAAAAUGCCUUUUUUGGAGAUAGUUGGUAUAGUUCCAACUGGAAAAAAUUUUGCUGUCGCCUUUGCUUGGUUGAGAAACGAAAAGGAAAUAAAUUACCAAUGGGUCCUGGAAUGUGUGAAACAGUUAUUUGAUCCAGAGAAGUUGCCGGGUGUGAUUGUAACUGACAGGGAAUUGGCUCUUAUCAACGCGGUUAGACAAAUAUUUCCUAAUUUGGCUCAUCUUUUAUGUACAAGACAUAUUGGGAAAAAUGUGGACAACUAUGUGGGCAAGUUGACUAAAAAUGAAGAUAUUGUCAAAGCAUUUCUUCUAGAUGGUAUAAGUUAG